UUAAGACAUAAGUUAACGACAACACGAUGAAUUUCAGAGAAAAAUUAAAAUUAAACAAAAAGUUAAGCUAUUCAACAGAUUUUAUAAUAGAACGCAAUGAGUUUACAGUCGUUCGAGAAAACUUGAUUAGAGAAUUAAAGGCUUUUACUUGUCCUGAAAAUAUUAACAAAUUUGUUCACCAACCAUGCAAAUUAAAAACACCUAAAAAUGAUGUUGAUCAUUGUAAAAACGAAAUACUUAGUCUUGAAACUGCAAUAAAUGAAAUCACGUUUCCUUUUACUGUUAAUUUUUUGCCGGAUAGUGGCCCCCGUGAACUUGCUUCAAAAACUGCAACAGUUGUUGGCAAACUACCAGUUGAAAAAGUGAAAUGUGUCACAGAGACUUCAAACUUGAUAGAAAUACCAACUCGCUUACCUAUACCUGUUUUCUACAUAUCAAUCUUAAAUUCGUUUAAACUAAAUAGUUUGAAAGAAGUUAUAAACUAUUGUAAAAAGUAUAAACUUAAAUGGAUAACUAAUCUAAGAAGAUUUACUGCAUCUAACGGGGAGGUUUUAAAUCCGGGGAAAUUAAUGGAACUACCCAAAACCACCUUUCGGAACAGAGAUCAAGAUUAUAUAGACGUUAUAACACACCCCGAACUUGAAAAUUACCGAAUAAAUUUGGAUACGCUUGGUGAUUUUAGAAUAUGCAGAACUCCUGAUUAUUCAAAAACUCUGCCACUUAUUGAAAUAAUGGCUGAAGAGACAAUUCCAUUUUUAGUAACAUUUCCUGACACAUCCAAAUUUAAAAAAAUUCCUAAGGAGUUUGAAGCGAUCUCAAAUCAGAGGCUAUUGGUUAUUAAGUCAAGCAAAUUAGAUUUAGCAAUCGCUGCCGUUGAAAGGGCUAAUAGCUAUGAGUUUCAUUCUUUUUCAGUAAAAAAUGUUUUAAUUCAGUUACAAGAAUUUCAACAAAAUAUUUCGUUGAACGAAGAUGAAAUGGAAGCUGCUAAGUAUAUUGUUUUUAGAAAUAAAAUGGCAGAGCACAAACAUCUAAAGUUUACGUACAACGAAGUAAAAUUUUUUAAACAGUUUAAUAAAAACAAUAAUCUGCAAGUAAAUGACAAAAUAAAAAAGAAAACUCUUUGCGAAAAAAAUUCGAUAAAACACUCCUUUCCGAAUAGUUCAAUGAGAACAAAAGGAUGUGCAAGUUUGAUUGAAAUGAGAAAUAAAUUUUCGUCCAUUUUUAACGAAAGCGAUCAGUCUCGAUCAAGAACACGAUCUGUUGAUAGUAAACUGAAAAACCGAGUGUUAGCACAACAAACUUUAUCCUUGGAUUACACAAGAAUAUCUUCUUUUACAAAUGAUAUAACCUUCGAGAAUCUCGGGAUCUCCGAGAUUCCAGAAACUAAACACAAAAAAAGUAUUGAAGGUAGCUUUGAAACAGUUUACGAUGUGCCAAAUAUGAGUUUUCCAAAUAAAUUUUACAAAAGCUUUAAGAAGGUAAUAGACGUUUCGAAUGAUUCCUUUAGUUCAGAAACACCGUAUACUUUUAUGUCUCCGUGUUUUGAUAACAAUGCUUACAAUAGUUAUUUGCAUGAAUACUCAGAAAUUCCCCAGAAACUUUUACAUUAAUAGAUUACAGCUAUUGCAAGUUAACCUUCGUCCGCUUUUUUACGUUGAAGGACGUAGUUUGAAAACUAAUUAAAAUAUAAGAUUUUUACGCGAGCCUUCAUAAAAAAGAGCGUUGGUCACCUUAAAUAUUUUUAUAUGUAACUACUUUAUAAUAAUAAUAAACU